UGGCUUGCCAUACUAACAUUAAACACCAUCAUCACAUUUGCACGCAUUUGCAUGCAUGCACACUUUUAAAAUCUAUUUUCGCCAGCUGUUCUUAUCUUGUGUCUGAAUAAGCAUACAAAUAUAGGAUGAGCUCCAGGCUGAGUUAUGCCAACAAAGUGAUCCUUGCUCCCAUGGUGAGGAUCGGCACCCUCCCUACGAGACUACUUGCGUUAGAGUAUGGUGCAGACAUUGUGUAUUGCCAGGAGUUGAUUGAUUUCAAAAUGCUCACUUGUAGGAGACACGUGAACCGUGUCCUUGACACGGUGGAUUACAUCUCUAAGGAUGAUGUGGUAAUCUUCCGUACAUGUUCCAAAGAAACCGAUCGGCUCGUCUUUCAGAUGGGAACAGCCGACGCUCAGCGAGCACUCCGUGUGGCUAAGAUGGUUGAGAAAGAUGUUUCAGGUAUCGACAUCAACAUGGGCUGCCCAAAGGACUUUUCACUGAAAGGAGGCAUGGGGGCUGCACUACUCCAGAAACCAGACACGAUCAAAGAGAUUUUGACAACAUUAGUUCAAGGAGUCAAAAUUCCAGUGACGUGCAAAAUACGGAUUCUCCCAAAGUUGGAGGACACCAUAGCCCUGGCCAAGAUGAUCGAGCAAACUGGUGUGGCUGCUCUAGCUGUCCAUGGACGUCUGACUGAAGAGCGCCCUCGACAUCCGGUUCAUUGCGAUGCGAUCAAAGCGGUGGCAGAUAGCAUCAGCAUUCCACUGAUUACCAAUGGAGGUUCACAAGACAUCAUCAAGUCCUAUGCAGACAUAGAGAGAUUCCGGGAGAUGACGGGAGCCUCGUCAGUGAUGAUAGCCAGGGAAGCCCAGUGGAACCCAUCCAUCUUCAGAAAGGAAGGAAAACUACCAAACCAUGAUGUGGCCAAGAGAUAUAUUCAAUAUUCUGUGGACUAUGAUAAUGUGUACACCAACAUGAAGUACUGCAUUCAACAGAUCCUGAGAGAUGAGGUGCAAACGGAACAAGGUCAGAAGAUACAGCAUUCAAAGUCUGUACCGGAGAUAUGUUCAGCGUAUGGCAUGUUAGACUAUUAUGACAAGGCCUUAGAAGGGAGGAGUAGGUCGAUAGAGGAGCUACAGUGUACAGAGAUGGCCCCUAAGCGACGCAAGCUCAACGAUGGAUCCUACAUCAUAGAAGCCCCUCGUAAAAUCAACAAGAAGGAGAUGAGGCUAUCAAAGAAAACUUUCAAGGGUGUGCUGAUAGAAUACUGUCAUGCAAAUAAACUACACCCACCUCGCUACACCUUGGAGGAGGACAUAGAUAAUCGUGUGUUCAAGUCUUCUGUCAUAGUGGAUGACCAAGAAUAUGCUACAACUCUGUGGUGUACAAGCAAGAAGUAUUCAGAGCAGGGUGCUGCAGCUGUGUGCUGCCAACAGUUGGGCCUGAGCCUCCAAAAGAAGGAGCCAGUCACAGGCACUCCAUCCGAGAAGGACCGAUCGGUGGCCAGAGGUCAGGAGGUCAGGGUCAGCUCCGAGCAAUGUGAGCUCCUGGACGGGCAGCCUGUUGGAGGGAAGGGGGAGGUAUGCAAUGGGAGAGGGGAAGAAGAUGAUGUUGAAAAGGCAGAAUCAUGCAGUUCAAGGCUGGAAGGGAAUGCUAUUAACUGUUCUACUGAUCCGCUGAAUGACAGUGAAGUGCCUGUACUAAGCAAGGAUUGUUCUACAGAUCACCAGGAAGCAAGAGGGGUCGGAACUGCUGAGCAGAGGUGACAUGAGACAACAAUGCUUUUAUUGCUGUGAACCUAUAUGUCUUUAGCAUUGGUACUACAUGCAAUACAGUAUUUUUAAAAAGCUUUUUAAAGUGCCACAAAAGAAUUUUUCAUACCCUAUGUUUCUCUGCUAAUAAUUACCCUCACUGCAAGUCUUUAGGUUGUUAACAUUAAUUAGAAUAAAUAUAUAUACUACAUGUAUUAAAGUUGCUCAUGCGUGGGUAUAUAGAGGGCAGCACACUGAGCCAACAAGUAUUAUGCUCCUGUGCGUACUAGUGUCCCUUUAUGCGUACGUCCAUACAGGAGCAUACUACCCGUUGGCUCAGUGUUUGCCAAGUUGCCUACUUCACGAACAACUUUAUAUCCACGCAUGAACAUCUAGAGCUUGCAUAUAUACAUUAUGAAAAAAAAACACAUCAUAACAGAAAAACUGUUAUGAUUUGUUUCAUAGUGCUUUUAUUUACAUAUUCAUGCAAUCAAAUAUACUCAGGUUUUUAUGUAAAUGUUUUGAUAGCUACCUUAUUUAUGGAGGCUUAAAAAAUCAUGACAACGAUCGCUCAAACAUGGCACUUUUAGUUUUUCAGUUUUUCUUUUUUAGAUUUUAACAGUAGGACCAAUAACUUAUGAUAAAAUGAUCAGAUAUCCAUAAAAUCUGAGAUGUGGUCAGUAAUGUGUGUGAUAAAAUAGCUUGGACUUGGCCAUGUACAUGUAUAUUAAACAAAUGUUGCAAAUUAUUUCAGUACAAAUCAGGGCUAAAAUUAAUUUUUUGUCCAUGGGGGCUCUUUCAACAAAAAAAAGAGCCCCUGUGAGCCUUUUCAUGGGGGCUCUUUUAGUGCUUUCGGGGGCUCUUAUUUUAAUACAAAUUUCCAUUGAAUUGGUACCCAUGAAACUCCUAAAUUCCUUGGUAUUUUAUCAUUAUCAUUUAUUUAAGUCUGCAUUUUCACUCUUAGAAAUUUACUUGUUACAUAGCUGUAAUUAUUUGUGACUUUUAUCCCCGUGAUGACAUUCUCUCCAUUUCUUCCCGUUCUGCACAUAAUGUCCUCCUCUUUAUUGGAGCAACCUUAUUUACACAUUUUUUCUUUACUUUUAGUCUUUACCAUAUCCUUCCAAAACACAGGGGCGGAUCUAGCUUUUUGCUAAUGGAGGGG